CCAGCUCAACAGCAGCCAUGAAGCUCUUCCUGUUUGCUCUUAUCUGUUUCUGUGGCCUUACAGCAUACAUGGUGGAAGGUGUAGGAACUGAAGUCACAAAAAAGAGUUUUUGUGUGAGCUGGAGCCAGCCCCUAGAAAUCAAGAGGGUGAAGAGCUAUGCCAUUGAAGAAGGCCCCAUGAAAGCAGUGAUUUUUAUCACCCGCAGGGGAUUCAAAAUCUGUGCUGAUCCUGAGGCCAAUUGGGUAAAAGAUGUCAUGAAUUCUGUGGACAGCAGAACCACCACAAGGAAAACAACCAGGCCAACAAGCCUCACAGCCACCUACUAACAAGGCUAUUAUCGAGUCUGGG